AAGACAACGAUAAUAGAAAAUGACACCGUCACAAAAAAGAGGUUAAUUACUAUUUAAAUUUUAAACAUUUACAUUCUAAAUUAUGUCAUGACUUCUCCAAUGUUUGGAUAGACUUCUAUAAGAGGGUUUUAACAAUGGCUCAACAAGUCAGGAGAGCACCAUCUGUAAUGGAUAAUGAUUACGAUCCUUGGGAAAACCGAGAUAUCGAACAUCCAACCUCCUUUUAGAAAUUUUGGUGCUUUCACCCAUUUGAUAAAAGGCUGUCUGGGUGCAGGCAUUCUGGCGAUGCCCAAGGCAUUCAGCCAUUCAGGAUGGGUUUUUGGAACAGUUGCUACUCUGGUCACAGGAAUUUGCACCACCUACUGCAUUAAUAUGUUAAUAUGGUCAUUGGUCGCAGAAAUGAAACGAAACAGAUUACCUCUUAUGACUUACAGUGAAGCCUGCGAGUCUGCGUUCAAUUCUGGUCCCAAAUAUGCUAAGAAAACUUCAAGAUGUGCGAAGCAUUCUGCAGAUGUGUUCUUAUGCAUUCAACUUUUGGGCAUAUGUGCUGUAUAUGUACUGUUUGCUGCCUCCAAUGUGCAAGAAAUAUUGGAAUACUAUGGAUACCACAUCAACUUUAGAUACUGCAUAGUUGCAAUAUGGCCGGUGCUUAUCCUAAUGAGUUUAAUCAAAACACUAAAAUUUUUGGCUCCGAUGUCUUUGGUUGCAAACAUCCUUAUAAUCCUGGGAAUGCUUAUAAUUUACUAUAAUUUCUUUGAAACAAUGCAUUCACUUGAUGAAAGGCCUAUGAUUCAAAAAGAUUGGAUAAGAAUACCGUUAUUCUUCGGAAUAGUGGUGUUUUCACUGGAAGGCAUUGGGGUCGUAGUGAGCAUUGAAAAUGCCAUGCAAAACUCAAGAGCACUUAUACACGGCCCGUGCGUUCUUAAUGUCGCCAUGGCAAUAGUGACCAUAAUGUACCUAUUUACUGGGUUUUUUGGGUUUCUGCGAUACGGCAACGAAUCCGACGAUAACGUUUCCAAAAAUUUACCCUUUAACAUGUAA